AUGCAAGAUCAAGUCAGUAAGCUUUUGGCUAAUGACCUGAGCACACAAGAAAAUUGCUGGCAGCCUGUUGAUAAAACGGUUAAAUCGGGCAAAACAACGAUGUUGAACAAGACGGGUAAAACAACGAUAUCAAACGAUGUCAACGGCGAUAAAUCGAGCUCGUUGUGGUGUCACGCGAAUAGCUUCAGUGUCUUGGGCGAGCUGUAUACAUCCUGUGGAGAAACUGAAGAAAGGCAAUCUGAAAUUAUCUCAACAAACAAGGCGAAACACGAUGAACAGUGGGAGAUUCCAUGGUCAAAGGCCAUCAACAUAAACUUGCAAAUUCGGUAAAUCAAAACGUCGAGGUGAAGUGCUUCGCAGGAGUGACUGUGGUUGAGCAAUUACAUUAAACCUGUAUUGCGCAGAAAGCCAGAUAACAUUGUAUUACAUGUGGGAACAAAUGAUACCAAAAAUAGAAAAGUAACAGAAAUAAUGAACCACAUCGACAAUUUAUGUCAAGAAAUCAAGGAAGCUGCCCCUGGUGCUGAAAUUGAUCAACCGAGAAGAGAAUAUGAAAUCUAA